AUGACCAGCAACAGCACCACGAUUUACAGAACCAAACCUACCGACGCUGCUGCCAAUCAGCAUCGUCUUGAAGUGGGCACCCCCAUCGAGCACGGAUCAUCCCGUUCGGCAUCGGAGGAGCUAACGUACGACAGUGCCGGAUCCGAGUACUAUCUGGCCCUCAGCUACACCGGGUACGACUUCUUCCGAUGUGUCGUCGAAAUCGCGCUCAGUGUGUCCUUUCUGGCGGCAAACAGUAAUCUGCUCCGGCUGCUGGUUAGCUUCAAGGAGACGGAAUCGUUCAUCGCCACCGAGGUGCUGGUGACGGUUUCGAUCGUGCUGCAGAUACUGGUGGCGAUCUCCGUUAUAACGAUCACGCAGGUGAACGAUCCGAGUCGAUACGCAAAGAUGAAAGCAUUUGCCGUGACGGGUGCGAUCAUCAUUUCGCUCGUCAAUCUGCUGAUACCGUUCAUGAUCAAUGUGGAGCAUUCGCGGAUUGAUUUCGAGGAGAUCUAUCGGAGCCUUGGUGAACGUGCAGGACAACAGUAGUUUUUAAGGCUUUAGGACAUUAGAAGUGGAUAUUAUUUUAAUAAAGAUAUAAGCAUUAUUUUUGUUACUUUUUAAAA